AUGGUUGAUUCUUCAGAACCAAAGUUGGCAUCUUUUUCUGCCGAUGAGGCCCCAAAGCUGUCGAAGCCUUCUUCGGCUGAUAUGCUGUUCUACUAUGAACGCGUUCUUCCGUUCCGUCAUAUUUUCCAGUGGUUGAACCAUCUGCCAAAACCAACAAAAGAUUUCACGAUGCGUGAAUUCGCCUACGAGUACCGUUCGGGUGCUUACCAAAGAUACAACUCCUAUGCCUCUGCUGAAGAGUUUAAGAAGCUGGUCGUGUCAGCCAAUCCAACUAGAUUCGAAGUUGGUGCAGUGUACUCAGUGAACCCCAAGGAGAGAAAGAACCUACCCAAGAGUGCCAUGAAACCUCUUUCCAAAGAACUCGUGUUUGAUAUCGAUUUGACUGAUUAUGAUGAGAUUCGUACUUGUUGUUCGGGAACCGAUAUCUGCACAAAGUGUUGGAAGUUUAUCAAGGUUGCUUCACAAGUCCUUUCCCAGGCAUUGACUGAGGACUUUGGUUUUGAUCACUUUGUUUGGGUCUUCUCGGGUAGAAGAGGUGCCCAUUGUUGGGUAAGUGAUGCUAAAGCUCGUUCGUUGGAUGAAAUUACAAGAAAGUCAAUUGUUGAAUAUUUGGACGUGUUGGGUGCAAGAUCCUCCAAGAUGGGGAAGACCUCGUUGUCUUUGAAGAAACCAUUUCAUCCUCAUGUCGAGCGUUCUUUCGACAUCCUCAAAAUGCAUUUCCAAGAGAUUGUGUUGGAAGACCAGAACCCAUGGGAGACUUCAGUUUCUUCAGAUGAAAAAGCAUGGGGUAAGGUGGACGAACUUUUGAGCUUCAUUCCAGAUAACGCCCUUCGAACCGCUCUCAAAUCCAAAUGGAAAGAGUCUUCCAACUACUCCAGUUCUAAGGCGAAGUGGGAUGACAUCAAUGCGGUGGCCCAAAAGAUUCUCAAGCACCAGUCCCAAGUUUCUCAAUUAAACGAUGCUAAAAAAGAGAUUAUCAUCUACUUCAUGUACCCACGUUUGGAUAUUGAAGUGUCCAAGCAGUUGAUCCAUUUGUUGAAGUCUCCAUUCUGUAUUCACCCAGGAACAGGAAAUAUCUGUGUUCCCUUUGAUCCUACAAGGAACUUGAGUGCCAACUCGGAUGAUGACGAUUACGGCUUCAAUCCAAUGACUGCCCCUAACUUAUCACAAUUACAAGACGAGAUAGACACAUGGGAAGCAAAGAGAGUGAACAGAGACUCUAGCCAACCAUUAUCGGAUUCUGAGGGCGACCAACUCACGUCGUCCUCUAGAGUGUCUGACUACGAGAAGACAAGCUUGAAGCCAUACAUAGACUACUUCUCCAGCUUUGUCAAUGGUCUUCUCAAGGAAGAGUUGAAGAGUUCUAAGAGAGACAGAGAGGAGGAUCCACUAGAAUUCUAA